CAGUUUGGCGGAACAAAAUGUUAUCGCAAGUGCACCAAAGGGACAGUUAUUGCCGUUACACCAGACGACUUCCGGAUGAACGGUCCAUGUUAUGAACAGCUGGAGACAUUUCGAGUUUGAAAGCAUUAUUUAAGCAUUGUUUAAAACGAAAUUUGUGCUCGACAGAGACACAUUAUAAAAUGGAUAAAAAGGUUGCAGUAGCGGAAUGUGAGGAGAUUGACUGGGGAGGAAGUGGAGCUGGAGAAGUGGAGAGGACCAAAACCUUGUCAAAAAAUGUCCACACCGGUAUUCCUACUCCAUUUACAGAUCCUGUGAAAUGUUCUGUGAUAAAAGGAGACUAUUUCUACUUCCAUUAUGGCUGUGAUGGACAAGAUGACAGGGGCUGGGGGUGUGGCUACCGCACCAUUCAGACAAUGGCUUCUUGGCUUUGCCAGAACUGCUGUCCAGUUAAGGACAAACACAAACCUCCACCAAGUCUCCCAGAAAUCCAGCAGGCUUUGGUCACCAUGGGGGACAAACCAGACUCGUUCUCAUGCUCCAGGGAGUGGAUAGGAACAUUUGAAGCCUCUCUGGUCCUUGACUGUUUCUAUGACAUCCCCUGUAAGUUGGUGCAUGUUAGAGGUGGAGGUGCAGAGCUGGAGCAGGUUGCAGUGGAAGAGCUCCAUCAGCACUUUGAGAGGCAUGGAUCUCCAGUCAUGAUGGGAGGGGACAGAGACAACUCUUCUAAAGGGAUAUUUGGGGUCUGCACUGGGGAUAAGGGGAGCUACCUGCUGGUUGUUGACCCUCACUACUAUGGACGUCAGCUGGAGAAGACUGAGCUGCAGAGGCGGGGUUGGGUGGCCUGGAAAAGAGUAUCCUCUCUGGAUCAGUCUUCAUUUUAUAAUCUGUGUAUGCCUCAGACUGCCAAAAAGAGAACAUGAACUAAGACCCAUUUCUGUUUCUGAUUUACAAUUACUAAUUAUUUGUCAGGAUGGAUUAUAGAAAGUGUCUUAUGAGGACAGACUUUGUUCUGCAUUGUCAACAAUUAUGAGCUACAGUGCCAUCCUGUGGCGGAAAUCAAUAAUUACAAUGUGUUUGAAGAACGAACUGAUUGAACAUACAUUAAACACAUACAUUAUUUUUUUCUCCCUAUACCUUAUUUCACAACUGCAAAAGAAAAUGCUUUACUUUGUAUUCAUUUUUUUUAUUUUUUCAGUGGUGUCAAUAUGUAAUUUAAGAUCAGUUAUCCAAAGUUCUGUAUUAGGAUUUAGAUAGAUUAGGACAUGGUUGUGUUAAUGACAUACUACUUAACACUUGCAAUAUUGUUAAUGUUAUUCAUAAAAAUGAUUGCACCGUAGGCAUUGCAGAUUAAAUUACUUUUAUUGAAAAUCAAUUAAUUGUUAAAUUAAUUUUUUAACCCAAAUAUGUUAAAUAUUCUAUGGCUCCAGCUUCUAAAACAUUAUAGCUAAUAUUAUUUAUA